UGGCGCGUAUGAAUACAUAAUUCCAGGAAGUUCCUAGAAACUCAUAAGACUCCGUUUUAUCCACAGUUUGAUCCUAAAAGUUACACUUUUCAUGAUUUAGUUGUCUGUGUAAUUAUUCUAUGAUGUUUCAAGAGUCAUAAUAGUCAUAUUAUUGCGAUUUAUUAAGUCACCUAUAACUUCUCGGAUGGCUACAAAAUUGGUGUUGUUCGGCUACUGCAUAAAUAAUCAAGAGUUCUGUCAAAAUGGCAUCUGAAAAUGAUAAGGAAAUACGGGAGAGAUUGCUGCGAAAUGUCAAGAAAGAGGUCAAGUCGAUUAUGGAGGAGGCGGUCACCCGCAAGUUUGUGCAUGAGGAGAGCAGCAGUAUCACAGCACUAUGUGGUACCGUAGAAGCUUGCCUCCAGUAUGGCCUCAAGAAGCGUGCCCUGGGCCUCUUCAAGAACAGCAACACAUCGGCACUUAUCCAGAAAAUCGCCAAACACUGUGAGCCAGCAGCACAGGUGGCAAAGUUACUCAGCGCUGUCGAAGCAAAUGACUCCAAGAAAUCUUUGGAUAACAACAAAAAUCAGACGCCAAAGAAGCCAUCGAUGUUCUACAAUCCAAAAUAUCUGUGGAUACGGUUAGCCCUGUUUGAGAAAGUUCUUGGCAAAAUUGUCGAGUAUCUUGUGGAUAAUGGGAAUAAAUACUAUGACAAGGAGUCGAUAGUCGGUGAUGCUGUGGAUGGGCCUAUUUUGGCAUCGUUAGUUGUUGGCCCUUGCGCCCUUGACUUCACCAAGAUGAAGACAACAGACCACUUCUGGACAGACCCACCUGCUGACGAACUGGUCCAGAGGCAUCGGAUACAUAGUAGUGGCAACCAUUAUAAUGGCCCGGGAUCACCAAAAAGAUUAGGAUUACAGGUUCGCAAGAACACCAGUUCAAGCAGUGAGGACAGUCUUCGGUGUACGCCACUGUCUGCCAAGGAAUAUGUGGAGUCGUUACAUCAAAACUCAAAGACACAACUAUUGUAUGGCAAGAAUAAUGUCAUUGUUCAGCCGAAAGAGAAUGUUGAACGAAUGCCAGGGUAUCUCUCACUACACCAGUCAGCCGAAGGACUAUCCAUAAAAUGGACGCCAAAUCAGCUGAUGAAUGGCUGCUGUGAGGUGGAUGAAAAUGACGAAGAGAUAGACAGAAGGUCGAAGACAUUAGAAAAAUUAAUCAAGCAACGGGGAGGAAAACGAUAUCUGUAUUGGGAGUAUGCCGUCACUGUGUUCCUUGAUGAGAUUGUUUACCUUCACUGCCACCAGCAACCGGACAGUGGCGGGACAAUUGUACUUGUCGGACAAGAUGGUGUCCAGCGGCCGCCGAUUCACUUCCCAAAAGGUGGCCAUCUGCUGGCUUUCCUGUCUUGCCUGGAGACUGGGCUGCUCCCUCAUGGUCAGCUCGAUCCACCGCUGUGGUCACAGAGAGGUAAAGGAGCGGGUGAAGUUCUGCUAAAGGAAGAAUUCCCACCAGAAUUGAAGCUAUUCUGGUCACUGGUCUCAAUGAUGUGUCCUGAAGACAGAAUGAUCAAACUUCAACACCUAGCUGGUAAAGUGUUCCCUAAGCUGAAGAGGAAGGGUAGUCGCCUGACUAAGGAGGGCCCGGCAGACAUCCCAGAGGAGCCCGAGGAGCCAGCACAGGUCGAAGAGGAAGCGAGUGAUUAUGUAUUCAGAAUAAUAUCCACAUUCAAGCCAGAGAAUCUCCCAGAAGAGUUGAUGGACCCUGAUGUCAAGAGUGAAUCCAAUGGGACAUUCUUCCCAUGGCGUAUGGCGAAACCCUUACUGCGUCACACCAGCUCAAGCAGCAGCACAGCCUCAUCGGUAUCAAGUACCAGCACGGCGUCAAUACAGAGCUAUGCGAAGACUCAGCAACAGUGCAAUACGUCAUGUCUCACUAGUCAAGGGAACCACAGGGCAUGUUCCAGGUCUGCUGUGGAGAAACUGUGUGACACCAUGAAGACACAGAUCAUAUCAAGGGCAUUCUAUGGAUGGCUCGCCCAUUGUCGUCAUUUAAAGACAGUCCGCACUCACCUAUCGGGAUUAGUCAAUGUUAAAAUCGUGUCCUGUGAAGACCCGUUUGAUGCAUCGAAAGGUCUGACAAUCGAAGCCUGGGGCGAACUCUAUCAAGAUGGAACAGUAGUCAAUGAGGCCGAAAUCUACCGGCUGGUUUAUUAUGGAGGAGUGGAAGGAUCUAUCCGGAAGGAGGUAUGGCCAUACCUACUCGGUCACUAUGCCUUUGGCAGUACUCCACAGGAACGUGAGAAGGUCGACACGGACAUGAGAGAUGGGUAUGAGAAGACGAUGUCGGAAUGGCUGGCGGUCGAGGCAAUCGUAAGGCAACGAGAUAAAGAGAUCAUGGCUGCUAACCUUGCCAAGUUAUCAAAUGAGAGUACAGAUGGGACGAUCCCACUUGCGAGAAAGGACUCCAGUCUUAGUAACGAUGUGUUUGAGGAUAACUAUAGUAUAGCUUCAGAUGACAUCAGCCAUCCGGACACACUGCCAGAGGAAGGUAUCUCGGUGGUGACCACACCCACCACGGAUCCUACUCCAGGUAUGAAUAACCAAGUUCAGGUUGAGUGUGAGAAAGAUGAUGCGAGCCUGAUGCAGGGUAAGCCUGAGAGUCCUGAUGAAGGUGUUGGCGAUCUCCGCCACACCUCCAUGUCUGAUUCCAACUCUAAGCAUGAUUCAAGUGAGCUGUUGGCAGAGGCCGUGUGUAAUGACGAGGCUGAUAAUACUCGCAAUAUCAUCAUCACCAACCCAUCAGUGGAUAGUGGCAGUGGUACAGAUGGCGGUGACAAUGCUGAGGUUGAUAUCCCCCUCGCUGUCGAUCUGGAAUUUAUCCGGGAACAAUCUCUGGAGAAGUGCGAAGGCCUCCUGGUAGACACUGACGCUCUAUUGACUGCUUCCAGAGAAAGUCUCGUAUCUCCUGCCUCACCUGCCUCCAAUGGAGGAAUAUAUGCAGCUGAUUUGUUAGAUUCAGUUGCAUUAAACCUUCACCGCAUUGACAAAGAUGUUCAGAGAUGUGAUCGUAACUACUGGUACUUCACACCAGAGAAUCUAGAGAAGCUGCGUAAUGUGAUGUGCACGUAUGUUUGGGAACACCUUGAAGUAGGUUAUGUCCAAGGCAUGUGUGAUCUGGUGGCUCCUCUACUUGUCAUCUUCGAUGAUGAGGCCCUAACGUAUAGCUGUUUCUGUGAAUUGAUGAAGAGAAUGUCAAGCAACUUCCCCCACGGCGGUGCCAUGGACACACACUUUGCUAACAUGCGGUCACUUAUACAGAUCCUCGACUCUGAGCUCUUUGAACACAUGCACCAGAAUGGAGAUUACACACAUUUCUACUUCUGUUACCGAUGGUUCCUUCUAGACUUCAAGAGAGAGUUGGUAUAUGAUGAUGUUUUUGCCGUGUGGGAGGCAAUCUGGGCAGCUAAACAUAUCAGUUCUCAACACUUCGUACUCUUCAUUGCUCUCGCAUUGGUGGAAUACUACCGCGAGAUUAUACUAGACAAUAAUAUGGACUUCACUGAUAUUAUCAAAUUCUUCAACGAAAUGGCUGAACGGCAUAAUGCCAAGCAGGUAUUGAAGAAGUCUCGUGAUCUUGUGUAUCGUCUUCAGGACCUGAUUGAAAAUAAAUGACUUUCAAACUCGGAAUACUGCAUUCUGUUAAUGUGAUCUUCCUGUAUCCCACCAACGAGAUGGAUUGAGGCAGUCACAUGACACUAAGAACGAAGAAAUGAACAUCGAUUUUUGUGUGAAUUGUUCUGACGGUUCUUCAAUUUAGGCAGUGUUCAGGAGGAAUUUCCAUUGGAUGGAAGGGAGGUGGCACAUUGAAUAUUGUUUUUUUAAAGAGGAGAGAUUUUACAAAACAUACUAAAAAGAUUAGUAAAUACCUCAAACGGCCCCUUUCCUGGCCGUAUCUGAAAAAAAAGUGAUAAUCUUUUGGUGGCUUUUGAUGAUGGUUCACACAACUUCAAAUCGAUGACUGUGCCAUUUAACUUGUGCAAUACUAAUAGGUAGAUUUAGAGGGUAAUAUUUCAGUGCAUUUGGGCCUCUGUUGUCUUAGCUGGGUCAUUGAAGGUCUACAAUAUUUCUGUCGAUGUGAAAGGCCUGCAGUAGGUUUGUGAUAGGAAUGUUUUCUGCAGUCGAGCAAGGGAAAUUGUUCACUUCAUGAAUAAGGAGUGUGCGAGAAAACAAGAUGUGACAUCCUGUAUCUGUGGCAAGUCUGACAUUACCAUAUUGUGUUGCUUUCUUGGCCAGAAGCCAACUUACUAUUGUCGGAAUAAGCUAACACAAAAGUUGAGAGAAUAGACAAGUGGAAACCAUGAAAUGGUUGCAUUGCGUAAAUCUAGUGCAUUUUGCUGAAUGCAGGUCCAUUCUAAUAAAGGGCACUUUCCAAUAUUUGGCUGUCUAUAGUCAGUUGGGAUGUUUAGUUGUUAAGGCGGGAUGUCAACUAUUGUUGAAUACAGGGUGUCAACAUCUAGAAAUUGUAACUAAUAGAUCAAUCACUGUUGGUGAUAUUUAAAAUCGAUAUAAAUAUAUGAUAUAUAUGUUCUCUUUGUUGAUCAAGAAGAAGUAAUGCUUAACUUAUUUCCUCUUGUCUCGAUUCCAGUGUCUAUUUUGCUCUUUUGAACGUGAAAAUGUAAAAUGUGAAAAUUCAGAUAACCCAUGCAUGAACGAGGUUAUCAUAAUUGAGCUUUUCUGUAGCACUUAUUUAGUUUGCUUGGUAUAUCCAUUCACAAGGUCUUUAAUAAGGGUUAACUAUAUUCUCAGUCUCGACAGAAAAGAUUUGUGGUUCAGAAAGUAACAACAAAGCAACUUGGUUUAGGAGUUGAACCCACAACCUCUAAGUCAUUCAGCUCUGUGCUAUAGCUGUACUGCAUUGAAUACACUACAAAGGUCACCAAUGCAACCAUGCAAGGUAUUCUGCUCUGGCAACUUUUGAAAAUCAGUCACCAAUGUUUCCUAAAGCCCUAGGUACUUCAUUUAUGAAGAGAAAAGCGAAAUUGCACAGUUUACACUUCAUCUAGAGCAUGAUAAACACUGUGUAAAUGGAGUACAUGUACUGUACUGUAUAAUACUCGCUGUUGUUUAGUUAUUUCGAAUCAAGAGUUUAUUUUACAAUUGUUAGUUUAAUACUGUAAACAACUGUAUAUACUGUGCUUCAUCUCGGGAUAAGAUUAGAGUAUAUUAUAUACUACUUGAACUUGCAGGCUGUAAUGUGUACUGUAAGCCCCUCUAAUAUUGCCCCUGAUGACCUUCACAUCGAUGUCUACUGUAAAUACAAUGAAACUUUUUGUUAAUCAGAUCAACAACACAGCUGGAUCAGUAUACCAUGAAUCAAAGCUGUGACUUUUUUAUGUUCUGUUACUUUCCUGAUAUUUGAAUUGCAUCUAUGCCCAAGCAAAAGGAUAUUCCAUGUAUUUGUGUGGUUAUUUAUGGUGUAGAACACUUUUUAUCAAAUUGCAUUUCCAGUGAGUAGCACUCACUAUUCUAACCAUUACACACCCAUGUUCCUGAAUGGACUCUUCUACUGCAUGCUAAUUAGGAGAGUCUAUCCAUGGGAGUGGGGGUGAAAUGGCUUAAUCCAUUAUUGGUGGGUGUGUUCCCGUCUAAAGCGAUAACUGUAACAGGAUAAAAUCCAUGGUAUUGCCCAACAAUAUGGUAUCUCAUUCCAAAACUUAUAGGAAGAUAAAUGAAUAAUUUAUUAAGAUGCAUUCCAGGUUAAACUUCAAAGCAUUGUCAAGAUAUAUUCUCCUGAUCCUUGUUUGGUAAUGUAGAUUUAUACUUUUGUAGUUUUGUUUAACUUAUGCAAAAAUUUAGAGGCACAAAAGUUCUUAAUUUGGUACAGCUUUGUGAAAAAUGUGCAUAAAUUCCUUACUUUCUUUCCAACCCAUCUGCUUCAUUUCCUUGGCUUUCCCACACUUUUCCUCUGCUGGAAGUGACACAGUAACCACGGUAAGGGAAGGGGGCAAGGUGCAAACCAACUUAAAAUUCUUCUUUUCAAAUGAAAAGUUUUUGGCUUUGUAAAUAGAUCGACAACAGGUUGACCCUGUUACAGGCUGUUUUUUCUUGUUCAAUUUCUGGGUCUUCAGGGGAAACAAAGUGGCAUUGGAACAAAUUGUGAUACUGUGAUUUUGAAACUAUUUUGGAAAAGUUUCUUUUUUAGGCCAGGUUUAUAUAGAGUUCGCAUUUUCAUAUGUAACAUGUCAUUUUUCACUUGUAAUUCCUGACAUGAAGGUCGAACAAGUCAUCUUCAAAGAGCGGGCAACAUACGCUUCACGAUGUCACAUAAGUCAAUUAACGAAAGUGACAAGUAUACCAUGACAAGUGACAGUGUGAAUCCUAUGUAAGCCCAGCCUUUUAGGGCGAAAUCACUGAAAUUCAACUUUGUUACAAAAGUGACAUUGAAGAGGAAAUGAUUUUUUCUUAUAAUUUUUUCACAAAACUGUAACUUGGAGACCCUGAAGUUCUGACUUCAUUCCAUUGGGGUGAUUCUGUAACCCAAAAACACGGAAGAGGUGUGGUUACAGUUAACCUGAUAUUAUGUGAUAUCUUAAUCUUUAUCUAUACCAUUCUCGUUCUCAGUGUAAAGACACUAUAGGGACCUGCAGUCUACAGCUGUUUGGGACUGCUGAAGGCAUUUAAUUCAUUUCAGGGCAUAAGAGGGCGUGUCUUGUUCUUUAAAAAAAAGAAGGAAUCUUGAUGCCGUCUCUUGACCAAUGACAUAUGUGACAUCAACGCCAAUUUUGUAUAUGCUGAUGCUUGUGUCAUUUAUCACAAAAUCUUUUGGCAUUACCGUCAGAAAGUUUAAAUGCCUCCAACACCACCUAGGGGGAUGUUUCAGAUUGCAGGUUCCUCAAUAACUUUAUUUUUCUGUGUAAACGAAUGUAUUCCAGUGAGAUAUGAGUUAUAAUUGUGAUAUAUCAAUAGUCAUUAAUAGUUGAUGUGGUCCAUUGUUAGCAUUUAUGUUGCGCUGGUUAAUUGUUCCAGCAUCAGGAAUAAGUAAAGUUUGCCCAAUUCUAUUGGUGCACAGACAGGAUGGCAAAAUCUGAAAGAAUCAAGGCCGGUACUGUAGACCAGUAUAUUUUUGCACCUCUUUAUAUUGGCAGAAUACAACAUUACAUAUGUAUUUCCUGUUUUUUUCGGUUUCGCGAAUCGUGAAAAUUUGAAUAUUGAAUGCCAGCUUUUCGACCUGGUCAGUCAGUGUUUAGAUUCAGAAUAAACUGACAUUGUGGAAGCACUCAGUGUCAAUCUAUCAAUUCAAAAGAUAAAGAUAAAUACUGUUAAGACUAGUUUGUGUGUGUGGGGAGGGGGGCGGGGGAGAAGUGUAAGAAUCCUACUGGUCAUACAUGAAGGCUGCACUUCCAUGUGUCAUCUGUUAUUUCAUUGUUCUGGUAAGUUAUACUAAAUGUUAUAUAGACCAUGUACAGCUUGUUGCUAUUAUAACACCUCCCGUCACACGGAUAUAUACCUCCACUUAUUCAAAUAAGUUAUAAUAGAAGACAUAGCCUAAAACAUUCGAGGUUGUUAGUCUAGCUGCAUUUUAAAAUGUAUUGCACUUCCCUGUGUAUCUGGAUAAACUUUCCAACACAUUCCCUUCCAAAGUGAGACAAGCACCUGUCAGGGAAAUUGCAACAUGUUAACAUGUUGUCUUAGUGACGAGUGUGCAGGUUGAAGGGAAGUAGUCAAAUCAAACUGGUUAUCUUCUUGCCAACAUCCAAUUGUUGUUGGGCAUCCCUGCAAACUUUACGAAAAUUUACAGCAAAAUGAUAGCCGGUGACAAGAUCACAUGUCACAGCAACUUUUCUAGAGGAUAUGCACCCUGCUUCAAUGUUUCCCUGUAUGUACUUGAUAGGCUAGACAUUGAGAUCGUGUAUAUUUUUGUAACAGUGCAUUUGUGAGAUAGUCUAUUUGGUAUAGUCCAGUGUAAAUGUGUUUGUUGUCCCCUGUAUAUAGCCCAUAUGAACAAAGUGUUAAUGUCAGAGUUGAAAUGUACAAUUGUGAAUAUUUGUAAAUCUUGUGAAGAUAACAAUAAAUGGGAAGUACCUGACA